AACAACAAAAGCUGGGAGUGGGAGUCCUGGCGAGAAGACGGCUGGGGAAACUCCAAGGGGGAGGGAGAAGACGGCUGGUGGGGUGGCCAGUGGGAAAAGGCUGGUAGCCGCAAGAAGGGCUACAAGGAGAAGAAAAAACCCACCGCUGAGGAUGAUGAUGCAGAUGCGGCACUGUGGGACAUGCCAGAUACUUCAGUGCAGCCCGAUGGAGAGGGCGGCCUGGAUCAGUGGACUCUGGGCCACCUCCCUGUGCACGAGCGUCUCAUGGAGGGCGAACAGACAUCCGGCGUGCCAAAGGCCUUGCCGGAGAAUGCCCUGACGCUAGAGGAGCUAGAGCGUGACCAUUUAGCGGCACCGUCAGCGCCUCCUGUGGUGCCUGCUCGCCCAAUGCCCCAGUCGGCACCGCCAGUGUCGGCUCCCAUGCCAAACGUGGCGCCGCCGACCACAAAGCCGAUGAUCGACAGCCCCACAAGAGCAGAAAUGGCUAGAGGCAAGGGAGCUGCCGAUGACAAGACGUAUUCACCUCGAACUGAGGGUUACAUCAAGCAGCUGACGGGCGUGCUUGACUUUUUUGCGUACUCCCGAAGUGACAUUGCUGCUUUGGUACGGCGGUGUCAUUUCGAUGAGAACCAAAUUCAGAUAGCUGUGGCCAACAUCGUCGAGGACCGUCAAAACCACGAGCAGAAAGAGUGGGGUACGGUCAAGAACAAGAAGCAAGCGAAG